UCUUUUCCCUGAAAAAGAGACAUUUUUAUCUCUCAGAUUUAACUUCGAUAAACCCAUCAAUAUCGGCUAUUUCUAGAGCCAGAAGAGAAAGAGUCAGAAAAAGACGACGACUCAUCCUUUUUCUAGAGUACUGAUCGAUGGCGAGACUUGCGGUUUUGGUUGCGGCGGCGGUGCUUGCUUUUCUGACGGCGACGGAGGUGGCUGCGAAGAAGUGGACGGUGGGCGAUAACAAGUUCUGGAAUCCUAAUAUCAACUAUACCAUUUGGGCUCAGGACAAACAUUUCUACCUCGACGAUUGGCUCUAUUUUGUGUAUGAGAGAAACCAAUACAACGUCAUAGAAGUGAACGAAACCAACUACAUAAGCUGCAAUCCCAAUAACCCGAUCGCUAAUUGGAGUCGUGGAGCUGGAAGGGACUUGGUUCAUCUUAAUGUGACAAGGCAUUACUAUCUGAUUAGUGGUAAUGGUGGUGGAUGUUACGGCGGUAUGAAGCUCGCUGUUUUAGUUGAGAAACCGCCUCCUCCACCAGCUGCAGCACCUAUCAAGAACAGUGCAACAAGAACCUUUACCCUCUCGGGUUUUGCAAGUCAGUUUGUUAUUCCGGUAGCUGUUUUCGCAGCGGUUGGGACAAUGGGGGACGCGGUACUAAGGAUGUGGUAAUAUGUCUUGAUUUCUUUUAAAGAGAAACGAUUUAUAUCUUUGCAAAGUGAAGCUCUAUUAUAGUUUUAGUAGUACUCUUUUAUGUAUUGUUCUUUCUUGGAUCCUUUUAGUCAUUCUUUUUUUUUGGUAGGAUCCUUUUAGUCAUUCUACUCUGGGGUGUGUGUGUGUCUUUGGAGAUUGUUCAUGCUUUUGCUUUUGUUGGAGGGAAAAAUCAAUUGUUGAAUAAAAAAUUGUAAUUUAAUUGUUUGAACAAUCUUUUAAAACUUUAUUGGGCCUACGUAUUGGGCUUCGAUUUGUAUGUUAGAGAUCCUUUUUCAA